AUGGGGGAGGAUGAUGAAAAUUAUGCAAAGAUCUCAGAGCUUGAAAACAUUAAUAAGAUUAGCAGGGAGCUAACUAUCCAUGGUAUUAGACAUUGUAUGGACCCAAAUAUUGCACACAAGGAAUGGUUGAAGCAGAAGACAAACUUACAGAGCCUGACACUUAUUUGUGCAAGCGAUGUGGGGGUGAACUCUGAAAGUCAUCUAGAAGGGUUGGAACCACUGCCUGGAAUUGAAAACCUCAAAAUUGUCCGGUAUUCUGGUCAGGAAUCCCCGCAGUGGAUGAGGGUGUUUCGCUUUCGGCUGUUGUGCGAGAUGGAACUAUCAGAUUUCCCAAAAUUGGAGCGACUGGAGGGGCUACCGGAGUUUCUUUGUUUGGAGAAGCUUAUGCUUAGUGAUAUGCCUGCUCUUAAAAGCAUAAGCGGAGGUCCAUUUCCUUCGCUGCUGAAGUUAUUCAUCAUGGGUGAAAUGCCAAGUUUGGGCGUGGUAUGGAUGGUAACAGAGGGGGGCAUGGCUGAUGUGGAAGGAGGACAAGUGCAGAUUGGUAAUCGUCUAUCAGUUCUAGCUAUAUCAGGGUGUCCAAAACUGAUGGUGAUGCCAUGCUUUCCUUCAUCGCUGAAUGACUUGAGUUUGGGGUGGAGCAACUUGCAGCUGCUGGGACUGCCUUCCAGUUCCAGUGGUGCAGGAUUGUCUUCUUUUAGUUUUAGCUGCCUAAAGGAACUUGAACUAAAUGAUAUGGCACCACCACCAGGAGCAUCAUUGUACGGAUCUGGGUGUCGAUGGGAGCUGCUGCAACAUUUGACGGCACUGGAGUCCUUAGAGAUUAGGUCGUGCGAUGGCCUAAUCGAGCUGCCAGAGAGCGUGAGGAGUCUCGCAUCCCUCCGAACUCUGCGCAUCGCAUUCUGCAGCUCUCUCUGUAUGCUUCCAGAGUGGCUGGGGGAACUCCGUUACCUGGAAACGAUGAGCUUUUUCGACUGCAGUAGUUUGAGCCCUGCACCAUCAAUGCAGCCGCUCAGGGCCCUCAAAGCACUGGAUAUUUCUUACAGUAGGUGGGUGGAUGACCUCUGCUCUCCGUCUCUGCAGACUCUAGAGGUACAUAAUUGUGACGACAUAAGUAGCCUCCCCAAAUCAUUCAGGCAGCUCACCUCACUCACGGAUCUCCAAAUAUUAGGUUGUCAUGACUUCCACCAGCUGCCAGAAUGUCUCGGCGAACUCUGCUCUCUACAAAAGCUAGGCAUCAAGGGAUUACCCAGGCUGAGCAGCCUUCCACAACCAUUGGGGCACCUCACCUCCCUCCAAGAGCUCCAAAUCGAAUACUGCGAUGCACUUGCUCAGCUUCCCGUAUGUGUUGGGGAACUUCGUUCUCUACGCAUAUUCAAGAUUUGGCAGUUGCGGAGCCUGACGUGCCUUCCCCAAUCAUUGGGGCACCUCACCUCCCUCCAGGAGCUCAAAAUAACAUACUGCGAGGCACUUGGCCAAUUGCCCGAAUCGCUGGGGGAACUUCGUUCUCUACGUGUAUUCACAAUUAGUCAGUCGCACAGCCUAACUUGCCUUCCGCAAUCAUUGGGGCACCUCACCUCCCUCCAGAGGCUCGGAAUUGCAUACUGCGAGAAAUUUGGCCAACUGCCCGAAUCGCUGGGGGAACUCCACUCUCUAAGUAAAUUCGUGCUAUGGUGGUUGCCGGCCCUGACUUCCGUUCCUGAAUCGAUGUGCUGCCUCACCUCCCUUGAAGAGCUUACGAUCAUGAACUGCCCGGGCAUUAGAUCCUUGUCAGAGUGGAUUACAGGGCUUACUGCUCUGCACACACUGGAGAUCGAUGACUGCCCUGAUAUGGUGAGGCGCUGUGAGAGAAGGAACGGGAAGGACCGGCACCUCAUCUCCCACAUCCCUCAUCUGAGUAUUGGGCUAGGCGCAGCCCAUUAUCACUUGGACUUCGACUGGUGA